AUAUUUCUACGCAAUCGAAUCGGAUUGUCGAUCCAACGCAGCCGCAACGACGCGCUUCAAGCAUGUGGCCAAGUUUCAGAUUCUAACCUCGCGUAAUUUACAAUCUUUCUUGUUGUCGGAAUGAAGUUCGCUUACAAGUUCAGCAAUUUGCUGGGAACCGUUUACCGCAAAGGAAAUUUAAUCUUUUCACCCGACGGGUACUCCGUCAUCAGUCCGGUUGGCAAUCGAAUCACCAUUUUUGAUCUCAAGAACAACAAAUCGUCCACACUGCCAGUUGAGAGCAGGUUCGAUUACACGUCGAUCGAUAUCGCACCUAAUGGAUCCAUAUUGAUAGCAGUAAAUGAAGAGGGAGAAGCAAGUUUGAUAAGUCUGAUUAGCCGGAGAGUUAUACACAAAUAUCGAUUCAAAAGACGAGUUAGAUGUAUCAAGUUUUCACCAGACGGAAAGCAUUUUGCUGCAUGUAAAGAAAAUAAUGUUUUCGUAUUCAAAGCACCGGGUCUAUUGACGGGAGAAUUCAAUCCAUUUGUUAUGGAACGAGUUUUCCAUGGCGCUUUUGACGAAACUACCUACAUCGACUGGUCAUAUGAUUCGAAACUCUUAGCCGUGGGCUCUAAAGACAACUCGACACGAUUGUACAGUCUGGAAAAAUGGGCAAACUUCAAAUCCUAUUCUCUUGGGAGCCACACUGAUUCUAUAGUCGGAUGUUUCUUUGAGAAAGACUCUUAUGAUCUUUCCACGAUUAGCAGAAAUGGUCAGCUGUGUGUUUGGGAAUGCAGCGUCGAUCCUGAUGCUUUAACACCUUGGCAGCCUAUUGCUAAAAAACAGAAGCCUCAAGAAAGUGAAAGCGAAGAUGACAUAGAUUUUGAUAAAGCUUUGGAAAAGACAGAGAAACAGAAAAAGAAGGACAAACAUGUAUCAAACCAAUCAGCCGCAGACGAUGCAGAGGAUAAGGAGGAUACAACAGAUAAGGAGAGCAAAGUUCAGAAAUUAUUCUACAAAAAAUUGGGCCGACACUAUUUGGGCGAUGAAGUACGAAAACAAAACUCAGAUGGAGUUCUUACAUCAGCUGCUUACCAUCGCGAUACGAAAAUUCUUGUUACUGGUUUCAGUACUGGAGCUUUUUUCAUUCAUGAAAUGCCCGAUGUUAAUAUGAUUCAUUCCCUGAGUAUUUCAGAGCAGUGCAUUUCAUCGAUAGCCUUGAAUAAUACCGGGGACUGGAUAGCACUCGGUUGUUCUGGCCUUGGUCAACUCUUGGUCUGGGAAUGGCAGAGUGAAACUUAUGCAAUGAAGCAGCAGGGUCACAGCACAAACAUGAGUUGUUUGUCCUACAGUCCCGAUGGUCAGUACAUAGUGACUGGUGGAGACGAUGGAAAAGUCAAACUGUGGAACGCAGCGACUGGAUUCUGUACCAUAACGUUCCAGGAACAUUCCUCGGCUAUUAGCGAUGUCCUUUUUAGCCACAAUCGGAAGUUCGUCGUCUCCGCUUCCCUUGACGGCACAGUCAGAGCCUAUGACAUGACGAGGUACAGGAACUUCCGUACUCUAGUUUCUCCUCGCCCCGUACAAUUUUCUUGCGUCGCCUUAGACGCGAGCGACGAAUUUCUUGCUGCAGGCGGUCAAGAUGUCUUUGAAAUAUUUCUGUGGAGUAUGAAACUCGGGAGACUGCUUGAAAUUCUCGCUGGUCAUGAAGGUCCGGUGGCGAGUCUCGCUUUCAAUCCAAAUCUAGCGAGUUCGGCACUAGCAUCCGUUUCCUGGGACAAGACGUUGAAAUUGUGGAAUGCCAUUGAAAGUGGCUCCGCUCACGAAACAAUUCAACUGACAGCGGACGGUUUGUGCGUUGUAUACAAACCUGAUGGCAAGGAAGUCGCUGUCGCUACACUAGACGGGCAGAUUUCAUUUUUUGAUUGCAAAACGGCGAUGCAGACCAGUAGCAUUGAGGGAAAGAAUGACCUGGGCAGUGGGAGAUCAGAUACAGAUUUGGUGACUGCUAAGAAGAGUUUGCAGGGAAAAGCCUUCACCUGUCUUUGCUACAUGGCUGAUGGCUCGUGCAUACUUGCUGGAGGUCAGUCGAAAAACGUUUGCAUUUACAACAUCCAAGAAUCCGUACUCUUGAAGAAGUUUGAAGUAACGCAGAAUCGGUCUUUCGACGCGGUCGAUGAUUUUAUAAACAGACGGAAAAUGACCGAAUUUGGUAAUGUGGCGCUGGUCGAAGACCGUGAAGAGAAUGAGGGCGGAAAGGUAUCUCUUCGUUUACCAGGAGUUAGAAAGGGUGAUAUGGCUAGCAGAAGUAUCAAGCCAGAAGUUAGAGUUUACAGUCUUCAAUUUUCUCCGACAGGACAAUCGUGGGCUGCGGCAACCACAGAGGGACUCUUGAUAUAUUCUUUGGACAUGGGGCUAGUGUUCGAUCCGUUUGAACUGGAGUUCGGUAUAACGCCACAGACUGUUAAAGAGACCCUGUUCAAAAGAGAACAUGCCAGAGCGCUCAUGAUGGCCCUUAAGCUGAACGAAAAGCUAUUAAUCCAAGAAGUAAUCGAGAAUGUUCCAUACCGGGACAUUGAAUUGACUAUAACAAGCUUGCCUGAUGUCUACGUAGAGAGGGUGUUGAAGUUUGUAGCUUCAGAGUUGGAAAAUACAAGGCACAUUCAUUUUUACCUGAUAUGGAUUAACGCGAUACUAACAAGGCAGGGAUCGAAAAUAAAUUCAACAGUACAAAUGCCGGUGCUGUUAACACUGCAGAAAAACAUGCAAAGAAAGUACGACGAGCUGAGUAAAAUCUGUGAUUUCAACCAGUAUACAAUUAAGUAUAUUCAACGACUGGGAGAACACAAGGCAGCAAAAGAAAAGGCGAAGAGUGACGGAGAAGAGACGAGCGAAGACGAAUUGCGGGAAGACACGCUAGUCGAGGAAAUGGAAGUAGAUUGAUUAUGAAAAAUUUCUCGCCCGCGGAUCUGCUCACCUUGACGUAGGCAACAGGCGGUAUGUCGCUUUUGAGGCCUGUGAACAUGGUGACGAGGGUCAGCAUGCUCGUAACGAGCAGAGCUACCCGGCCAGGAAUCGCGUCCAAUCCGAGCCAGAAGCUGAACCACGAAAGCAUCACGACUAGCGUCGAAGGUGCGAAAGUCUGGAUCAAGUGAUGCCCGAUCUGUCUUUCGAACCGGAAGUAAACUACCAGUCGCGAAAAAUUACCUGAUAACGAGGAAUGGAAGAAUUUCAUCGGUCACCCUUGUCGUGUUCGUUGAUUAUUAUUUUACCUUUUUUUUCUCGUUUCUCUUCUCGCGCUUUUUUUGUACACGUAAUACAUACGAGAUGUAUUGUAAUUGCAUGCGUAAAUAUACGCGCGUAUCCAACGAUUGUACUAAUUUUUUAGACAAACUUAGCAAUGUGGUGACCCUGUUUAAUAGCGCCGUGAGAAUUGGGUUGUGUAAUUCCAAUGAUAACUCGGUAUCUAAAUUCUUGCGAACCUCGGCUUGGAAUAAGCCGGAACAAGUUGUAGAAUAAGAAGUUAUUUCUAGGUACGUGAAAGAAUCGCGCUAGUGCUUUUGCUCUCGUUAAAAAUACUUCGUUUUCCGGGUUAAUUCAAGUUCUCAAGUCAGUCCAGCUUGAAAUAGAUCUAUAUGGGAAUAAAAAAGAGGAGAGAAUCAAAACGCGGUCUCGUCGAGAGUUUAACUCCGUACGUCUUAUCUCGAAAACGUGAUAAGAUAUAACCUAGGUACCUGUUCUAAAUUAUACAGAUACAUAGUCUCGUGGAAAUGAAGAUCUGUUGGCUUUACUAUAAAAAUAGAAAUCUCACGUCGUGAUGUUAGUUUCAAAAUGUAUUAUAUGAAUCCCGAAAUUUCUGACCACCAUUGCUGUGUAUGAAAAACAAAUUACGAUCAAAGAAAAAUCGAUAGACUCUUUAAUUUUGAAACGAUUGAAAACGUUAAAAACUUCAGUUGCCUCGAGGAUUAUUUCCUAUUUUUAUGGAAAUCUUACUUUUUUACGUUACCAAUGUUCAGAAAAAAAAAUGACCAACUCUAUUGGGUGUAGCUGUGGAUUUGAACUUACAUGAAACCAACUGUGUAAUUUUUGAACAUAAAUUUCAAUCUGUUGAUGAUAUAACGGAUUUGCGCAGGUCGUUAAACGCCCGAAAUUAAUUAACCUCGUGUCUUAUCGUAAUUGAUGAUUUUCAUUUCAAAUCAAAUCUAAUUUUCUUUUCUCGAAUAAGUAUUUUGCCGACACAGGAUCGAGCCGGAGUUUGUAGAACGGGAAAUAAAUAAUUGAUUACAGUGAUAA